AUGCCUACGUCUGCUCGGCCUGAUGGCAUCAGUGAUAGCUGUGGUGCAUUUAGGUCUGUUGAUGAUGAGAGAUUUUCAGCGGUGGGUUGCAGCUUUGCGCCUGUGCCCGCGCCGUCACCUCAACCGCAGAGUGAAAGUGACUCAGACCUGUGUGAAGUCUCUCCGUCAGUGGAGGAACGCAGGGGCGUUCACCACGGGGGUCCCGCUGGGGACGGUGACGUCCAGGGUUACCAUGACGACGGACGCUUCCCUGUCAGGGUGGGGAGCAACGAUGUCAGGCAGAGCAGUGAAUGGCUCCUGGGGUCCAGAAAUGGCCCAGAUUCACAUAAAUGUUUUGGAGCUCUGGGCAGUGUUUCUAGCGCUGAAACAUUUCCUGCAAUUUCUCCGAGGCCGUCAUGUUCUGGUGAAAACAGACAACUCCACUGUGGUAGCCUAUGUCAACCGUCAGGGAGGCACUCGCUCACUACGGUUACACAAGUUGGCUCGGGAGAUGAUACUGUGGAGCAGCACCAGGCUCCUAUCACUCAGGGCAACACAUGUGCCGGGAGUUCUGAACAGAGGGGCGGACUUGAUGUCUCGUGGGAAUCCUCUGUACGGAGAAUGGUCUCUGCACCCGCAGGUUGUGGACCAGAUUUGGAAGAGAUACGGCCGAGCCGCCGUAGAUCUCUUCGCCUCGCAGGAAAACGCCCGCUGUCCGCUGUUUUUCUCCCUGUCGGACAUCACUGCACCUCUCGGUGUGGAUGCUCUGGCUCACCCGUGGCCAAACGUGCUGCUCUACGCAUUCCCUCCCCUCAGUCUGAUUUCCCCCACCCUGGCCAGGGUGAGGGAGCAGAAUCUGUCUCUCAUACUGGUGGCGCCAAGAUGGCCGUCCAAACACUGGGUGGCGGAAAUAGUUCAGAUGUUGGCGGGCGACCCCUGGCCUCUGCCCAUACGCAGAGACCUCCUGUCCCAGGCACACGGGGAGAUUUACCACCCCCACCCAGACCGCGUGGCGCUCUGGGCCUGGCCCGUGAGAGGUUUAAUUUGGACGCAGCAGGACUGCCUCCGCAGGUUAUAGACACCAUUCAGAGUGCAAGGGCUUCCUCCACCCGUGCUUUGUACGGCUGUAAAUGGCGGGUUUUCGAGGAAUGGUGUGAGUCUAGACUCACGGUCCCUUUUCAGUGUUCAGUUGUGGACCUGUUGUGUUUUCUACAGGAGCUGGUGGAUAAAGGAAGAGCUUUUUCCACAGUAAAAGUGUACCUCGCUGCCAUCUCAGCAUGUCACGUGGGUUUUGGUGAUAAACCGGUGGGACAGCACCCCCUGGUUUGUUGCUUUAUGAAAGGUGCACGUAGAAAGCUCCCAGUUUCUAGGCACCUGGUUCCACUGUGGGACCUUCUGGUGGUGCUGGAUGCCCUUUCUCGGCAUCCCUUUGAGCCUUUGGAGGCUGUGGGGAUGAAGUUUGUGUCUCUGAAAACGGUGCUGCUUUUGGCUUUGUCUACGGCGAAGCGCGUGAGCGACCUUCAGGCAUUGUCUAUCCGCCCUUCCUGUCUACAGUUCGGUCCGGGACUCUCCAAGGUUUGCUUGCGGCCCAAUCCGGCUUUUGUGCCUAAGGUGGUGGAGUCGGCUUACAGGUGUCCCACAGUAGAGUUGCUGGCUUUUCACCCGCCUCCAUUCUCCUCGACGGAGGAGCAGAGGCUUAACACUUUGUGUCCGGUGAGGGCUCUGCAGUCCUACGUGAGUAGGACGGCAGAUUUCAGGCGUACUGACCAGCUGUUUGUUUCCUGGUCCACUACCCAUAAGGGCAAGCCAUUGUCCCGCCAGAGGCUGUCUCACUGGAUUGUGGAGGCCAUUUCUGUGGCGUACAGUUGCAAAGGUUUGCUGCCGCCCCAGGGUUUGCGUGCUCAUUCCACCAGGAGUAUAGCUGCUUCCUGGGCUCUGUUUAGAGGGGUGUCUGUUCAGGAUAUUUGUGCUGCGGCGAGCUGGGCUACGCCUCACACCUUUGUCAAGUUUUACAGGCUAGAUGUCUCUGGUCCUUCUUUGGCCCAGGUGGUGCUCGGUGCCGGUGCUCCGGGGUUGGAGUGAUGUUGUCACUCAACCUUUUGUGGUAGUUAGGCUUCGGGAGUCAUAUGCAAUCCGGGAGUGGUCUAUAUCUCCCAUAGUGAAACACCGAACGAAGUUAGAAAAAGAACGAAGGGUUACUCAACGUAACCCCGGUUCUUUGAUAACAGAGUGAGGUGUUUCACCACACGCCCCUUCUUGCAUGAGGCACGGAAAGAAACCGGUCUUGAAUGAUUUUGAGGGGCGGGUCGGCUGUGAUAGUAUGAAGGGGGCGGUGCCCCAGCACAGCUCGACCUGUCUGUCACUGACAGACGUGGUGCCAUUGGAGCUUCCCUGGUUGGUCAUGCCAAGGCGAUAUCCCAUAGUGAAACACCUCACUCUGUUAUCAAAGAACCGGGGUUACGUUGAGUAA